GUACGUCCUCCCAUUCCUGUCCUGACUGCAACCAACGUUUCCAGUUUGAAUUCCCCUUCCUGGCCCACCUUAGGUUCCGUUGUACGAAGAGACUACAGAGCAUGGCUGGCCCGGAUGAGGAGUCUGGUAAGGACAAUGUCAGUGAGCGCUCCAACAUAACCCCAGCCAGGGCCAGCCCCAAACUAGGCCGGGCCGAGGGCUUCCCCAGCCCCCAGGACAAUAGCAAACCCUCCACAGACUUUCACAACCUGGCUCGGGACCUGGAGAACAGCAGGACAAGCCCACCAAGUGACAAAGAGGCUGAGAUCCGCAGCGAGAGCUCAGGGAAGAGGACGUUCUCGGAGACCGAGGAGAGGGAGGGUCCCCGAGCCCCCAGCAUGCCUCAGUCCAAGUCAAAGGAGGAGCUUGCCAGUUCAGCGCAGAACUACAGAGGGGCCUACGGUCUGGAGGAGAAGCGUCCACCAGGGUCCACAGAGUCGAGCGAGGCAAAGCGAAGCGCCUUUACUGAAGUUAAGAAGUCACCGCAGAGUCUGAAGCAACACAACAGCACCAAAAACCUGCAGAGCUCCAAUGCAGAGAACAAGGAAGGGAGCCGUCCCAGCAACAGUCCCCUGGAGAAGCACCUGAACAUCAGGCAGGUUCUGUCAGAAACCCAGCCUCCUCAAUCACGCAUCGAGUCGUCGUCCAUGGGCAGCGCCUUCACCUCCGUCGGCCAACAAGGUGAACAGCGGAAGAGCGCCUUCAGCCAGCCGUCACGGUCGUCCUUCUCCCAACUUCCCUCGGCCCUCGGGAUGCCCCCCAAGCUGCUAGACUGCCACCCCACGGUGGGUGACACCAUCUCCUCCAGCAGACUGUACCAGGCUGACCACCUGGCUGCCAAACUUCAGAGUGCAGAGCUGGGAGCCAACUGCCCGGUACCAGGUGGCAUGGCCAAGCAGAGCCCCUUCCUUUACACCGCCUUCUGGCCCAAAAGCUCGGGUCCAAUCCAGAUGCAGAUGCCGUCCACUCUCACCCUGCUGCCGCCCUCGUUCACCUCGCUCUGCCUGCCGGCACAGAACUGGUGCGCCAAGUGCAACGCCUCCUUCCGCAUGACCUCAGACCUGGUCUACCACAUGAGGUCCCACCACAAGAAGGAGUAUGCUAUGGAGCCACUAGUCAAACGCCGGCGGGAGGAGAAACUCAAGUGCCCCAUUUGUAACGAGUCUUUCCGGGAGAGACAUCACCUGUCACGUCACAUGACCUCCCAUAACUGACCUGCAGAGCUGGAGACAGAGAAAAUAACUUCUCGUCUCACUUGGAUUUACUGACUUUAACAGAGUGGAGAUCACCUCUUAAACCUGUGCACUUGUUUUCACUUUCAACAACAAGAACAAUGCUUUUUUUCUUUUGUCUGUUAUUUUUCUUGAUUGAGUGUUUUGAGUGUAUGAAAAUGCAUUUUACCUUUUAAAAUGAAUCUAUUUAUCAUAUGAAGCACUUAAAUUGGGACAUAAAGGGAAGCUAUGAAUAUGUGUAAAUGUACAGUAAGUUGUAUUUUAUAUUAUAUUAAUACAGAUAUAGAAAAUGAUUAAAAAUAGUUGCACUUCAUGGUUUACAUUACAUUGUUUUUUCAUGUCCGCAAUGAAAGGUUAAAUAUCGACAUAAAUUGGAAUAUUAUGUCUAUACUUCAGAGUGCAUGUAAUAUUAAAUAGAUAUUGAUUUAAGAUGCAGUCUAUACAGUUCAAUGUAAAUACCCGUUUUGUUUUAAAUACAAAGUGUAAUAUUUUGUGUC